AUGCCUGGGAAUAAACAUGUCCGAAGAGACUGGUUAAGCUAUUCCAUUGUUAAUGACAAAAUAUACUGUCAUUCAUGUAUUGUUUUUGGAAGAAAUGUCAAAAAAGCGUGGGUUAAAGAUGGAUUUUCUGCUUGGCAUAAAGCCAUAGAAUGUAUGACCCUUCACGAAAUUUCAGAAGCUCAAGUGAGUGCAGCAUUGAAAUUAAAAUUGAGACAAACUGCUCUUCCAAUAAUUCCAUUAAUGAGAGAAAAUGAACUGCAGAAUAAAAUGUACAAUCGUGAGAUUGUUAAAGCUUUAAUUGAUGUCUCACUAUUUUUAGCACAAAACUGUGUAGCAUUUCGAGGACAUCGUGAGAGCUGGUCAAAUAUUGGUAACCAAGGAAAUUUUUUAGAGCUUACAAAGAUAAUAUCAAAAUAUUCCUCACCUCUUGCUUCAUAUUUAGAAUCUUUAAAAAAUUCAGUAGAGAAACCAGAAAUAAAUUUUACAUCAAAACUUCGUCAGAAUCAGAUUAUAAAUUCUAUAUCUACAUCUAUAAAAGCCAGAAUCAAAGAAGAAUUAAAAGAUGCCAAAUUUUUUAGUGUUUCUAUGGACUCUACUUUUGACUUAUCUCGAAAAGAGCAAAUUUCUUUUAUUGUUCGCUAUGUCCAGGGGCGGAUUGGCGAAUUUUUUCGGCCCGGGAAGAUGAAUCAAACCGGCCCUGCACCGCAAAUAUAA